AUGAAGUUAUUCUACUAUCAUUUAAUUGAUAAUUGUGUAGAAGUUCAAACCGUAUCAUCAUCAGUUCCAACAUUUGCAACAACACUUUUAUCUGAUCUAUCAAAUGAUUCUCUUAUUAAAAUAACUUCAUCGACUCAACAUGCAACUAAUGAAUUUAACUCAAGACUAACAGACAAAACAAUAGAAGCCGAGAUGACAAAACCAGAAAAUACAUGUUCGAUGUAUACUGUAUCUGAACCGAUGCAAACAACGAAUUGCUCGUUAAAAUAUCCAUGUGCACUAUGUAUCAGCGAAGAAAAACAAAUUGCAUGUAUUCCAUGUGGUCAUAUGACCACAUGUGUACUAUGUGGAUAUUUACUCAAUUACUACCUUCUGUUGAUACAUGUCAUUAAAUAA